UGUACGCAACGAGAUAUGCAUGUGUGCGUGGCUGUGCCCACGGUUCAUAUACGUGACACCUUACUUGAAUAAACCAGUGUGCUACAAACCAGCGUUCGUAUUACUUGUCCCUCGGCCCUAUACAUACCAGUGGCGACGUCUACCCACAUAUAUAAAAAAAAAGAUGAGUGCUGUUUUUGGUAUCCUGCCAACGUUUGACCACAAUGUGCAAGUGUGGAAAAAUUAUAAAAGUCGCGUGUGUCAAUGGUUUAUUGCCAAUAAUAUCACCGAUGCUACAGACGCGCAGGGACAAAAACGACGAGCGAUUUUGUUAAGCGCACUCAAUGAGAGCUCAUACGAGCUCGCAGCGCAUCUGGCGCUGCCUAAGGAUGUCCAGGAAGUGCCGUUCGAAGACAUUUUAGAAUUACUGGACAACCACUUCACUCCCAAGUUAACUGGAUUCGGCGAGCGACACAACUUUUAUUCGGCGAUGCAGCUACAAGACGAGUCAUACCCUCAGUGGGCUGCUAGACUGCGGGGCCUGUCAGUGCAUUGUGCGUUUAAAAACGUAGAAGAAGCGUUACGUGACCGUUUUGUCAUGGGGAUGCUGCCUGGCAGGGAAAAGGAGAAGUUGUACGCUCAAGACCUAUCCGCGUUAACAUUAGCAAAGGCGGUAGAACUGGCUGAAAAUAUUCGUCGCGCGCGGGCAGGUGCUGCCGCGGCCGGCGCCGGCGCCGGCGCCGCUGCCGCGGGUUCGUCCGAAUCGUCGGCCUCCGAGUUAUUUAAGAUCGCGCGUAGUGCUAAAAAUGAGGGAAAUGCAAAAGUGAAGUGUUCGGUGUGCGGCUAUACUAACCAUAGUGCGUCUCAGUGUCGUUUCGCUAAGUAUACAUGUAAAAAGUGUAAUAAAAAAGGGCAUCUCCGUAAGAUGUGCACUAGCGUAAAUUACGUUAAUGUUUCGGCGGAUUGUCAGGGCGAUAACGACGAUGACGGUGAGUUAUAUUAUAUAAGAUCUUUCAGGGGCGAACCUAUGGUUGAAACGGUAAACAUUAAUGGUCGGAAAUUAAAAUUUGAAAUCGACACAGGUUCUGCAGUAACCGUUAUUUCUUACAUUACGUACAAAAUGCAUUUCAAGGAUGUACCAUUGUUACCUACAAAAAAAAGGCUAGUGACAUAUUCGGGCCAACAUCUAGAAUGUAAGGGUAAUGCGCGGUUGCCGGUAGCAUACGCGGGUAGUACUCACUCACUAAAUGUGUAUGUGGUUAACGACGGCGGACCGCCGUUGCUAGGCAGAGAUUUUAUUGCUUUGUUUAGAUUGCAGCUCAUGCCAGUGCAGUCUGUACAGUAUUGUAAGGAUAUAAUACCUACGGGUGGCAUUGACUUAGAAAAGGAGUACCCAAAAUUAUUUUCCGGUAAUUUAGGGUUAUUCAAUAAAUAUAAGGUCAAUCUAAGGCUUAAAGAGGGUGCAAAACCGGUUUUCUUUAGAGCGCGCCCAGUAGCGUUUGCAUUACGCGAUACGGUCAGCAAUGAAAUUGAUAGGCUUGUCAAUUUAGGAGUCCUAAAGCCAGUGGACCAUUCAGAGUAUGCUUCGCCUGUGGUGCCAGUCUUAAAAAAAAAUGGUACAGUUCGGUUAUGUGCAGAUUAUUCCGUUAGUAUAAAUAAACAAUUGAUAAUCGAUCAAUAUCCCCUGCCUACGAUAAACGAAUUAUUUUCUAAGUUGCACGGGGGCAAAACAUUUACAAAGCUAGAUUUAUCCAUGGCAUAUAACCAGUUCGAACUAGAUAAAGACUCGCAAAGAUUGACUUGCAUAAAUACACACCGUGGAUUAUUUGUUUUUACACGGCUCGUGUUUGGCCUGGCUUCGGCCCCGGCCAUAUUCCAGCGAGCCAUGGAGUGCGUGCUCGCCGGGCUCGACGGCGUGCUGUGCCUGCUCGACGACGUGCUCAUCACGGGCGCCGACGCCGCCCAGCACCAGGCCAGGCUAAAGGUAGUGUUGCAAAGAUUACAGGACGCGGGACUGGUCUUGCAGCGGGAAAAGUGUGAAUUUUUUAAGGACGAGAUUAGUUACUUAGGCUAUGUAAUAAAUAAAGAUGGCUUAAAAAAAUCACCCGAAAAAAUUAAAGCCAUAGUCGAGGCUCCAGUGCCAACAAACGUAAGUCAAUUACAAUCAUUUUUAGGACUUAGCAACUAUUACCGUAAUUUUGUUCCCGGUGCCUCGACUAUACUCAGUCCGUUAUAUGACCUACUUAAAAAAAAUACUAAGUGGGAAUGGUCAGAGUUACAUAAUGACGCGUUUAAUAAAAUAAAAAAUCAUCUGGUAUCGGACCAGGUUCUCACACACUUUAACCCCAAAGCAAAGCUGGUUUUGACCUGUGAUGCAUCACCUAGCGGCCUUGGGGCUAUUUUGUCUCAAAUUGAUGCGGACGGCGUGGAGCGGCCGGUCGCAUUUGCCUCUCGCACUUUGAACCCGGCCGAGAAAAGGUACGCUCAAAUACAACGGGAAGCGACGGCAAUAAUCUAUGCUGUGCGGCGCUUCCAUCAGUAUUUAUACGGUAGGGCAGACCCUUUCGUUUUGCGAACGGACCACAAGCCUUUAACUUCCAUAUUUGGCCCAUAUAAAGGUAUCCCCGAGGUAUCGGCAAAUCGCUUGCAAAGGUAUGCACUAUUUCUCAGCGGUUACAAUUAUGUAAUAGAAUACGUGCGUAGUGCAGACAACAGUGCAGAUUUUUUGUCGCGGGCGAGCCUGCCCGGGGAGAGCGGGCGGGGCGCGGGCGCGGAGCCGGCGCUCGCUGAUAGUGAUAAGGCCGCGUAUGUUUGUUUCCUUGCGGACGCGGACGGGGCCAAACCGUUAACUUUACCUGAGUUACAGGCAUGUACUAAAACAGAUGUUAUAUUAAAUAUCGUAAGUAGGUAUAUCCUCAACGGUUGGCCGAAUAAAAUAGAGGCCCGGGCUCGGUUCUGGUUUCCUGGGAUUGACAAGGCUCUGGAGACGUAGUUGGGAUCCUGUGAAGUGUGCCUACAGCUGCGGCCGUCUCCGCCCCGCGCGCCGCCCGCGCCGUGGCCACAGACUGCGCGUUGUUUUGAAAGAUUACACUUAGAUUUUCUCGGCCCGCUAUAUGGUCAUACGUAUCUAGUAAUAGUGGAUACCUACAGUAAAUGGCUCGAGGUAUAUCCCAUGACUAGUAUGAGUUCUACGGCUGUAGUAGACAAAUUAUGUGAUUUUAUUUCCAGAUUCGGAUUACCUAAAACAAUUGUAAGUGACAAUGGUACUGCCUUCUGCUCGGUAGAAUUUACUAGAUUUUGUGACCUGAACGACAUAAAACAUGUCACGUCACCGGUAUACCAUCCGGCCAGCAACGGCCAGGCAGAAUCGUUCAUUAAGAUCUCCAAGAAGGGUAUUAAAUCGAGCAUGCUAACGGGUAAGAAUGAUAGACAAAGGCGGUUACUGUUAUUAAGAUAUUUAAUGGAUUAUCGUAAUUCUAUACAUUCAGCCACAGGUUGCGCUCCAUCGCAGUUAGUGUUCGGUCAUAAAAUAAGAUGUAGACUAGACGCGUCGAACCCCUCCUCGGAGUUGUCGCCCUUGCCAUCCGCCGAGCCCGUGAGUAAUAAACCUGUAAAAAUUCAACAGUGUUCACCAUGUAAAGAAUAUAAGUCACGUAAUUUUAAAAAAGGAGAUAUAAUAUUAUGUAAGAAGAGGUUGGCUCGUUAG